AUGAGUUUCGUUGGCAAAAUUUACGUGGUGACUGGCGCUGGGUCCGGCAUUGGAAAAGCCACUGUGAAGAAGCUCCUUGACCAAGGGGCCACGGUGCACGCUCUUGAUAUCACAAAGAUAUCGGUGCACGAAAAUACAGGCGGCCACCAAAUUUCACACGAGAAUGUCGACAUCAGUUCACGCAACUCAGUCAAAGCAGCCCUGAACGAGAUUUGGCAAGCUAAGAAUGACAACCAAUGGCUUGAUGGGCUUGUUAAUUGCGCGGGUGUCCUGCGCCCAACUGCGUACAAUACCAGCACUGAGGAGGACAAAGUGUUUGACUUGCUGUGGAAGGUCAACGUCAUGGGCGCAUGGCACGUGACUACGGAGUUUCAUGCUCGGCUGCAACAUCUCCGUCAAUCCGAAGGCACCCAGUAUGCUAAAGCUACAGCGAGCAUAGUCAAUAUUGGCUCGAUGGCUUCAGUGCGAGGCAUUCCUGGGAUGGCGGCAUACGUGGCUAGCAAGCACGCAGUACACGGGCUGACAAGAACUCUUGCCCAGGAUCUCGGUCCCUCUGGGUACCGAGUUAACACAGUGGCGCCAGGGGCUGUCAAUACGCCGAUGAUAGCAACGGAGCUUCGGGACGGCACUCAUGAAACAGACAGGGCUUUUCGGGGUGCGUUCAAGACAUCAUCGGAGCCGGAGGAAAUUGCUGAUACCAUUUUGUUUCUCUUGGGAGACGGAUCGUCGUCGAUUUCUGGGCAGCUCCUGGAAGUGAAUGGUGGCUGGCCGUAG